CCCAGUGAGGCGGUUGCAUCUUUAGAACUGAAAAUGGCUUCUUUAAAGCUCAAAAUUCCUUCUCAUUUUAGAGAAAAUUUAACUUCUGCAACUCCAUUUGUAGUUGAUCCUGGCACAACUCCUUGUACAUUUGAGAUAUAUCCGGCCACGAACCCUCUAGUUGCUGUUGUCUACAGCCUGGCGUGUUUCCUCGCUGUGACGGGGAACCUGGUGGUGAUGAUUGUCAUUCUUCACAAUCGGCGCUCUACAUUGUCCACAGACAUCUACCUGCUCCAUCUGGCCAUGGCUGACCUGCUCUUUGCUGUCACUCUGCCCUUCUGGGCAGUGGAUGCCACAUCUGGGUGGGUGUUUGGCGAUGCCAUGUGUAAGAUUGUCAUCAUGUUCCAUGAGGUGAACUUUUACAGUGGCAUCCUGUUGCUGGCCUGCAUCAGUGUUGACCGUUACCUCGCCAUCGUCCACUCUGCCCGAUCCCACAGGCAGAAGCGGCCAUUCCUGAUCAAACUGGUCUGUGCUGCUGUGUGGGUGCUGUCCAUUCUCCUGUCUUUACCCAUCCUCUACAAGGGCCAAGUAAGGGCCAGCUCCAACAAAUACAUCUGUAAUGAGGAUCAUGAUGGUGAAUAUGAUGAGAAAUGGAAACUAGCCACCAAAAUCUGUCGCCAUGUCAUUGGGUUUCUCAUCCCACUGGGUGUCAUAGUCUUCUGCUACAGCGUCACCAUCCAGAGACUGUGUCAAACGAAGGGAUUCCAGAAAGAGAAAGCCUUGAAGGUCAUUAUCGCCGUGGUGCUCGUUUUCCUCAUCUGUUGGCUGCCCCACAAUAUCACUGUGUUUAUCGACACUCUGGUGAGGAUGAGGAUCGCCAUGGCCUCUUGUGCUGGGCGCAACCACAUCAACCGAGCUCUGCUUGCCACCCAGAGUUUGGGGUUUCUGCACAGCUGCGUGAACCCAAUACUAUACGCCUUCAUUGGGGUGAAAUUCCGGGCGAACCUGCUCAGGCUCCUGGCUGAUAAAGGACUCAUGAAGCGCACUGAGGAAUCUCAUUUUCAGAGAUCUGUCCGGCCAUCAGUCUCUGGAACAACUUCAACCGUCAUUUAGACACGAUCCGUGCAUUUGAGAUGUACGUCAAUGAAGGAAACCAGGAUUCCCCAGUGGCCAACUAUUUUAUUUCCAAUCCCCAAUCCCAUUCUGACAUCAGUCAAUGGCCAAUGUGCUGCCACAAUGAGGCCACUCUCCUCCACCUGGGCAUCCACCACCCUGAUGGCAUGAAUAUGGAUUUCUCCAACUUCCAGCAAUUGUUCCCCCUCUCCUUCUCUCCUUUUACAUUCCCCAUUCUGGCCCCCUUCUAACCUCUUCUCAUCUGCUUCUCACCCUCCCCGUGUGCCCCACCCCCUUCCUUUUUUCCCAUGUUCUAUAGUACUCCCCAAUCAGAUUUCUUCCUCUUCUUCUUCUUCAGCCUUUAACCUUUUCCACCUGUCACUUCCCAGCUUCUUACUUCAUUCUCCACCCCUCCCCCACCCACCUGCCCUCACCCGCCAUCUUGUACUCCUUCCCCUCCCCACACCAUCUUCCCCCUUCCUUUCCCGUCCUGAUGAAGCCCAAAAUAUCGACUGUUUAUUCAUUUACAUAGAUGCUGCCUGGCCCGCUGAGUGUGUGUUGAUCGCGCUAAGAACUGCUUCAACAAUAGAACCUUCUAGCUGAACAUGGAGGAUCUGGAAUCCAACAAACCACAAUAAUCAGAAUCAAAGGAUGCACUUAGCAUAGAUUCUCAGAGCAACACAGAAUUAAGGACAUUGAGUUCAGAAAUCAGGAAGUUAUAUUGCAGCUUUAUAAUACUCUAGUUCGGCUGCAUCGGGAGUAUUGCGUACAUUGUAGGAAGGAUGUGGAGCUUUGGAGAGGAUGUUGAAUAGGUUUGCCAGGAUGCUGCCUGGAUUAGGGGGCAUUUGAUAUAACAAGAGGCUGGACAAACUUGGGUUGUUUUCUCUGGAGCAGCGGAGGGUGGGGGGAGAUCUGAUACAGGUUUAUAUGAUUAUGAAAAGCAUAGAUGGCAUGGACAGAUAAUUUCUUUUUCCCAGGGUUGAAAUGUUUACUAUCAGCGGGAAUUAAUUUAGGGUGAGGGGUAUUACUUUCCAAAGCAGAUGUGAGGAGCCGGUUUUUUACAAAGAGAGUAGUGGGAGCCUGCAAUGCACUGUCCGGGGUUGUGAUAGAGGCAGGUACAUUAGGGACUUCUAAGAGACAUUUAGAAAGGCACGUGAAUGUGAAGAAAAUGGAAAGAUGUGGAUAUUAAGGCAGAAGAGACUAGUUUAGUUCAGUUAGACUAGUUGACCAAUUGAUUAUUAAUUUAAACUGAUUCAGCACAACACUGUGGACUUUUCUAUGUUCUACAUUCAGUCCAUCUGUAGCCUUUGUGAUCAUACCUCUCAGCUGGAGUGAAUGCUGGCAAACCUUCAAUGCAAUCGCUGUUGGCCCUUGCACCAAUGCCACCCUGCCUCCCUCUCUCCCUGUAAGUCCUGGUGCCUUCAGCAACUGUGUUAUGUUCACAGCUGAUUGAUGCACCCCGUGUACCAUGCUACUGGUUGUAACAUAACCAAAAGUAAAUUUUGGGGACAUCUUAAAAUGUGUGUUCCCCGCAUUUUCGAGGGUACCGCCCGCACUAAAUACUUGCAAUCUGCAAUCUGGUGAAAUCGGCAUUCUCACUGUAUUCUCACGACUGUUAGAGUGAGUUUUGGAUAGACGAUUCAUUUACACUUAAAUAAAUGACUUCAGCCAUCAGUCUUCUGUUCUUUGACAAAAUCAAAGCAAGAGGCGGAGAAUGAAGGACUAAAGACAUCUCAGAGAGAAGCCAUUUUUUUAAACUGAUCGGGGAGUAAAGGCUAGACUGCACAGGCGCGUGACGUAGCUCAUCAAAGGUUUAAGAAAAAGGCAGCCACAUACAGCGGCCAUAAUCGGAGUGGACUGAGUCAGAGUGGGACAGCUUUGACUCAACAGGCUUCAGCAUGAACAGCCAGAGGCGAGGGUAGGUUCCAGUAAGUUUUGUUUUGUUCGUUUAGAGUAGAGAGAAUGCCAGACAGGAUGUUGGAAUGCUCCUCUUGCAGGAUGUGGGAAGCCAGGGAGACCUCCAGUGUCGCUGACAACGACACCUGCAGGAAGUGCAUCCAGCUGCAGCUCCUAACAAACCACGUUAGGGAACUGGAGCAGGAGCUGGAUGACCUCCGGAUCUUUCGGGAGAAUGAGGUGUUUAUAGAUAGUAGUUUCAGGGAGUUACGCUAAAGGAGCAGGGCACAGGUAAUUGGGUUACGGUCAGGAGAGGGAAGGGGAAAGGGCAGGCAGAGCAGGGCUCCCCUGUGGCCAUUCCUCUCAACAACAAGUUUUGGAUAAUGUUGGGAGGGAUGACUUACCUGGGACAAGCUUCGGAAGACGGAUCUCUGGCACUGAGUCUGGUUCUGCAGUGCAGAAGGGAGGGGGGAAGAAGAGGAGAGUGGUAGUGAUAGGGGACUCGAUAGUUAGAGGUACAAGCAGGAGGUUCUGUGGUCGCGACAGAGACUCCCGGAUGGUUUGUUGCCUCCCGGGUGCCAGGGUCAGGGAUGUCUCUGAUCGUGUGCACAGCAUUCUGAAGGGGGAGGGGGAGCAGCCAUAUGUCAGGGUAAACAUCGGUACCAAUGACGUAGGAAGAAAGAGUGAGGAGGUCCUGAAGAGUGAGUAUAGAGAGCUUGGUAGGAAGUCAAAAAGCAGGACCUCGAGGGUGGUAAUCUCAGGAUUGCUACCUGUGCCACGUGCCAGUGAGGGUAAGAGUAGGAUGCUCUGGAGGAUGAACAUGUGGCUGAGGAACUGGUGUAGGGGUCAGGGUGUCAGAUUUCAGGAUCAUUGCUCUAAGAACUGCUUCAACAAUAGAACCUUCCAGCUGAACAUGGCGGAUCUGGAGUCCAACAAACCACAAUAAUCAGAAUCAAAAGGAUGCACUUAGCAUAGCUUCUCAGAUCAACACAGAAUGGAUACAGGCUCUUUGGCCCAUCCAGACCAUGGUGCUCAGCCAACUAAUCACUAUUUCCUGUGUUUUGCCAUGUCUCCCGAAUUUCCACCUCUCCAUGUACCUGUCCAAGUUCUUCUCAAAAGAUACUAUUGUACCUGCCUCAACCACUGCCUCUGGAAACUCGUUUCAUAUACUCAGCAUCCUCUGAGUGAGAAAGUUGCCCCUCAGAUAUUAUUUGAGUAAUAUUGUAAAUAUAUACUUUCAGAAGGCAUUCUUUGUUUGUUUACAUAAUUCAUCAUGGAAUAUUUGUAAAAGUACAUAAAUAGCAUAUGUCAUCAUGCCACCACGUCUUAUGUGCACGCCUCGCUAAAGUAAAGCUAAAUGUACAGGAGUUAUUCCCAGCUCCCAUGCUUUUCUUUCACUUCAUUUUAUGUUUGGAGUACAAAGCAUAAAGGUGGUGAUGAGGAAGUUUUGAAAUAAACCUGAGAUGACAACGCUUACCUGCUGAAGAGCUGCACAUUUUUUUCAAAAGGAGGACGUAAAGACAGUCAAGUUUAAAAAAAGACUGAAAACAAAUGAAAUUUGUGGGUUUAUAAACAAUGAGUAUCGGGUGAUAACAAUGAUUUUCUUAAAAGCAGAAAUACUAGCUAUAUUGGAAAGACAGAUGCAUUCAAUUGCACCACAGAUAACUGGAUCCUGUAUACUGUGUGAAUUGACCAGUAUUUCAAAGCAAAUAGAAUAGCUGAUCAGAAAUGAGUGCCAGUCUUGUGGAGUGCAAUUGAUGGAAGAACAUGCAGUUUGCUUCAAAGUUUGACUGCUCCAACCAAGCCAGCGAAAUGAGCUUUGCUGAUAUCAUAAAUGUAAUGCAGGAAUAUUUACAACUGAACACAUUGUUGAUUGCAGAAUGCUUUUGGUUUCAUAAGUGGAGUCAAAAGGCUGAACUGAGGAAUUUGUCUAAACUUUGCCAGUUCAGUAAUGGACUUAAUGAUGCACUGCGAGAUUGCUUAGCUUUGGAAUAUUACAAGAAAGCAUUCAAAACGGCUCCCAACUAAAGUACAACUCACAUUUAAAAGAACAGUUGAAAUAGCUGUAUCAAUGGAAAUAGCAGAGACGCAACUGAGCGCAGUCAGGAAUGAAAGUCAGUUUGAAUAAAAUUGCAAUAUCUAAACAGAAACCUGCCUGGCUGAACAAACUGUGUUACCAUUGUGGCAGGGGCUCACAUAUACCAGACCAAUGCAGGUUUAAAGGUGAAACUAGCCUGUUGAAAACACAAAAUAAAUAGACUGUGCAGGGAAGAGAAAAAGAUUUUUUUUAAAGGGUCAAGUUUCAGUUUCAAGAAGAACACCAAUUUGCAUGCUGUUGAUGAAAAUUCUGAUAAUGAUGUGAGUGACACAGGACUUAAGAUUUACAAUGUGAAGACUAACAAAUGACAAAAAAUAUGGCUUACGCCAGAAGUGAACACCCCAUCACAUUCCUCUACUACUACAGAAAAUAAGUUAUGAAAAGAUUGACAGAGAGAUCUUGAGUCUGGUUUGGGCUGUCAAACAUUUCAACCAGUACUUGUAAAGGAGAGAGUUUACCCACAUUACUGAUCAUCAACCACUAGGGUCCAUGCUCAAUCCACAGAAGGGUGUCUCACGAACAGCAGCAACAAGAAUGCAGAGAUGGGCUCCGCUUCUUGGAGGACACAAUUGCAAGAUCAAAUUCAAGGGGAUGACUAAUCAUGGAAAUGAUGAUCGACUAUCCUGUUUACUCUUGGAAAAGAAAAUAUCUGCAAAAUUUACAAAAAUUUUUUGAACCACAGGGAUCUCUGCUCUUUGUGAUGUAUGUAAAUGAAUUGGAUGAACAUGUAGACGGGUGGGUCAGUAAGGCUUUUGUAGAUGCUGCGAAGAUUAGUAGUGUUGUACUCCCUGUGUAUAAAACUUACCUCUGGCAUCCCCCACCACCUAUACUGUCCCCCAGUCACCUUAAUAUUAUGCCCACUUGCAUUAGUCACAUCUGCCCUGGUAAAAAGUCUCUCACUGUCCACUCAAUUUUUGCCUCUUAUCAUCUUGUACACCUCUUUUGAGUCUUGAAGACAUAUUGGACCAGAAGGGCCUGUUAUUGUGCUAUAACUCUAAAUAAAAAUUGAAAAUAAAUACAUUUUCUGGCUUGCUGUUUUAACAGCCAAGGAUAUAUUCCAUCUGGACCCAGGAAUUGAUCCACAUUCUAAAUGGCUAAAUAGUUAAACAUCUCCCAUCCAUUAUCCCAUUCUAAAACUACAGGAGGACAUAUUAUAUCUCACUGAAAGACGUUUCUUGCAAGUGUAUUUAUGCCAAAAGCAAGUACUUUUGACCAAGAAAGCAAAGACUGUGUAGUUUAUAUUCCUACUUUUGGUUGGAGGUGUAAAUAGAAUUGUAUGAACUGUGUAAUUUGUGUAAGUGUGUAAUGGAAUUUGCUUUGACAACUACUCUGUACAUACACUGACUGUCUGUGGAAUAAAACUGC